UAAAAAUUCGAUUUUUAUUAUUGGGACGAUGAAUUUUGCGGAUGAGAUAUUCGAGCUGAGAGAACUUCAGAGACUUGAAGGCCACGCCGAUAGGGUUUGGGGCCUCGCCUGGAAGCCGGCCACCGGAGCCGACGGUGUCCCUGCCGUGCUCGCUUCCUGCAGCGGAGAUAAAACCGUCCGCGUGUGGGAACAGAGUCCACUUACUGGCUCUUUCCAGUGCAAGGCAGUCUUGGAGGAGACGCAUAAUAGGACUGUUAGAUCUUGCGCUUGGUCACCGUCUGGGAAAUUAUUGGCAACAGCAAGUUUUGAUGCCACCACUGCUAUCUGGGAAGAUAUUGGGGGUGAUUUUGCUUGUAUUUCCACCCUAGAGGGUCACGAGAAUGAAGUUAAAAGUGUCUCCUGGAACGCAUCUGGCUCAUUGCUUGCAACUUGCGGACGAGAUAAAUCAGUUUGGAUAUGGGAAGUAUUGCCGCAUAAUGAGUUUGACUGUGUUUCAGUGUUGCAAGGACAUACGCAGGAUGUCAAAAUGGUGCAGUGGCAUCCAACAAUGGAUAUUCUGUUCUCAUGUAGCUAUGACAAUACUAUCAAGAUCUGGGCAGAGGAUGGGGACAAUGAUGAUUGGCAUUGUGUUCAAACCUUAAAUGAAUCUAACAGUGGACAUACAUCUACAGUCUGGGCCUUAUCUUUUAAUGCCACUGGAGACAAGAUGGUUUCCUGCAGUGAUGACCUUACUAUUAAGAUAUGGGGUUCUGACAUUAUGAGGAUGCAGUCAGGAGAUGGAAAUGCACCAUGGAAACAUCUGUCUACUCUCUCUGGUUAUCAUGACCGGACUAUUUUUUCCGUCCAUUGGUCAAGGGAUGGAAUAAUUGCCAGUGGUGCAGCUGAUGAUGCUAUACGUUUAUUUGUUGAAAGUGAAGAUCACUUGAUCUAUAAAGUGCAGAAGAGGGUGUACAUCAAGCGAGAAAAUUACUAUUAAUCGGAGUCCAAAUCAAGAAAAAGGAAAGUAAUUCAGUUUCCAAAUGCUUGCAGUCCUAGUGGGGGUAAACUGGUUUGAAGAGUCGUUUUGCCAUCCAUCUUGGGUAUAUGAGGACAUGCAUCUGAGAUAAACCAACCUCAGUGCACUCUGAUCUAGUCGUUUUACCAUGCGUUCAGCAUUUCUUUUGAUAAAGUUUUUAUGCUAUUUGAGAGUGUGUUUGUGCUGUGUGAUUAUGUUAUGUAUGGUCCUUGAGUUCAUUUGUCUUUUAGAUUUUUUCCUUAUAUUUUUUUAUCUUGUAUGUUGC